CGGCCGCGGCCGGGGGCGGUGGCGGCGGUAAACAGGCGUGCGGGCCCGGGCCGCGGUCGCCGAGCCGAGCCGAACGGACCGAGUCGAGGCGAGCGGUGGCCGCUGUGCCGUGCCGUACCGGGCCAGGCACAGAAAUUCAUCAGUCAUGGCGGGUGAUGCCAUCAUGGUCAUGAGGGGCCUGACCAAGCUGAGUAAAGCCAUCCUGGAGACCCAGGCAGGGCAGCUUCGGCAGGUGCUCCUCGGGGGAGAUGCAGUCACCAUUGCCAGGACUCUCCAGGCCACUGCUGAGGAACAGUUCAGCUCUGCCCUGGGGAAGGUGCAGGAGCUUGGCAAACAGCAGGAGAACUUUACUGACCUCGGUGAGGAUUUUGGGAAAGACUAUGACUUCUCAGCCAGAGAGCCAUCAGAUGCUCCAAUGGACUUCUCCACUGCCUCUGGCAAGCCUCAGGAACACAGCACUGAAGGCCCUGCUUAUUCCUACACAACAAAUGGACCUUUUAGAAUUAUUGAUGAGACUGGAGAUUCUGGCAUGGGUCAGAAGCCUUUCCCUCCCAAAAUGGAUGCAAGGUUAUUUGGAGGCAUUAGGGACCCUGGAAAUCCUUUUGCUACUGCCUUUGGACAAAAUAGAGCUUUUCACCAAGACCAUUCCUCUGUUGGUGGAUUAACAGCUGAAGAUAUUGAUAAAGCCAGACAGGCCAAAACAGGUUCAGGACAGAAACCCUACAAACAGAUGCUCAGUGAGCGGGCCCGGGAGAGGAAGGUUCCCGUCACCAGGAUCGGCCGCCUCGCCAACUUCGGAGGACUGGCUGUUGGUCUUGGCAUUGGGGCACUGGCAGAAGUGGCAAAGAAAAGCCUUAGACCUGAGGAACGCAGUGGGAAGAAAGCAGUGAUGGAUUCUAGUCCCUUCCUGUCAGAGGCCAACGCAGAAAGGAUCGUGAGGACCCUGUGCAAGGUCCGGGGAGCAGCGCUGAAGCUGGGACAGAUGCUGAGCAUUCAAGAUGAUGCCUUCAUCAACCCCCACCUGCAGAGGAUCUUUGAGCGCGUGCGUCAGAGCGCCGACUUCAUGCCCAUAAAGCAGAUGAUGAAAACUCUGAACAACGAUCUGGGCCCCAACUGGAGGGAUAAACUGGAGUCCUUUGAAGAACGCCCCUUUGCUGCUGCUUCAAUUGGUCAGGUCCAUCUGGCACGCUUGAAAAACGGGAAAGAAGUUGCCAUGAAAAUCCAGUACCCUGGAGUCGCCCAGAGCAUCAACAGUGAUGUCAACAACCUGAUGGCUGUCCUGAGCAUGAGCAAUAUUCUCCCUGAAGGUUUGUUCCCAGAGCACCUGAUUGAAGUGGUGAGCAGAGAGCUGGCCCUGGAGUGUGACUACCUGAGAGAAGCUGCCUGUGCAAGGAAAUUCCAGGAGCUGCUGAAAGACCACCCUUUCUUUUAUGUACCAAGAGUAAUAGAUGAGCUGUGCAGCAAGCACGUGCUGACCACAGAGCUGGUGUCUGGCUUUCCCUUGGAUCAAGCUGAAGGACUGAGCCAGGAGAUUCGAAACGAGAUCUGCCACAACAUCCUGGUGCUGUGCCUGCGGGAGCUGUUUGAGUUCCGGUACAUGCAGACUGACCCCAACUGGUCCAACUUCUUCUAUGACCCACAGCUGCACAAGGUGGCCCUGCUGGACUUUGGAGCAACACGAGGGUUUGAUGAGAAGUUCACAGAUGUCUACAUAGAGGUGAUCAAGGCAGCUGCUGAUAUGGACAGAGAGAGAGUACGGAAGAAGUCCAUUGAAAUGAAAUUCCUCACUGGCUAUGAAAUCAAGGAAAUGGAAGAUGCCCACUUAAAUGCUGUCCUCAUCCUGGGAGAGGCUUUUGCAUCUAAGGAGCCUUUUGAUUUUGGCAACCAAAGCACCACUGAGAAGAUCCAUGGUUUAAUCCCAAUCAUGCUGAAGCACCGGCUCAUCCCCCCGCCAGAGGAGACCUACUCCCUUCAUCGGAAGAUGGGCGGCUCUUUCCUCAUCUGCACCAAACUGAAGGCCAAAAUUCCCUGCAAGAACAUGUUCCAAGAGGCAUACAGCAAAUACUGGAGCAGUAGGGGCAAGAAGCCAGAGGAGUAGUAAGAAGGAACUUGUCUUGUUCUGAGGGCCCGGUUCAGCUGAGCCUUGCAGAGAGCGUUCCAAGCCUGCCCUGCGUUGCUCCCCAGCCCUCCAUCCUCUUGAGAUGCAGCAGCCCCAUGCCCUGGGAGCCAAGGGUGCAUUCCACGAGGACAAAGCUGCUCUUUCCAGCUGUGUCUGUCCUGCCUGGACUGCCAGCACAGCCCACAGCUUGCAGGAAACUCUUGAGUGCUUCUGUGCUGCUUCAAGGCACCAGCUGACUACCUUGAAUGCAUUUGUAACAUUGUGAUGGUGGCUGCAUAUUGAGAGGGUUUUAUAAAGAGUAGGGGAAGGAGGAUGAGAGCAGAAUUCAAUAUUGAAACCUAUUUGUAAUUGUCCACAAAUUGUUUUUUAAAAACCUUCCCUCUUUAAAGCUGAGGUGGAAUUCAAGUAGUUUUCAUACUGUGAAUUUAGAGAAUGAAAUACCAAGGUGUUCCCUACCACAGACACAUCCAGCACCUCCCCCAUGUUUUUGUAAGUCAAGUGGUGGCAGUCUGAGAACCCUCCUGGAUUCUACUGACAUUGAUUUAAUGCAAGGGGCGUGUGUGUACGUUGAAGUUUGAUGCUUUCUGCCUCUUUCUGGCUUGCAAGCUAAACAUAGGAAAUAUUUUAAAAGUCUGAGAAUUGAAUGCCAGUCUCUUUUAAACACACACACACACAUACACACUCUCACAACCCAUCUCAGUUCUGGGAGUCAAACAUGUAAUCAGCAGAGCUAGAUCUGAGCACAACUAGUGGGAUUCUGCACUGUCUGGUAGGUAUCAGCUUUCCUGAGGGCGAGUUAGAUAAGCUCCAACUCUGACCCCCACUGCUUGCUGGACUCCUGACUAAAACCUCCUCUGUGUGUUUCCCUGAGAGGCAGAACUUGCAGCAAGGCAAACAAAUGUCCUGCCUCUGGAGAGCAGCUGCAGAUCCAGCUGAAAUGUCACACAGUUCAAACCAGACGCACAGUUUUAAACUCCUGGAGUCAAGCUAGGAAAUUGAGUUUUGUAGGUUUUUGUACAAAGCCUGAGCCUGUACGACUUCCUGAUGUCAAUAAACAAGUGCUUGUGCCGUGG